AAAGCUCUAGGUCAAGUAAGGUAAUCCAGAUGGCUCUCAAAACAUGGGAAUUCGUAUAAGCGUACUCUUCAUAAAAGUCUAUAUAUUGACAGCCAUAUACUUCAUAGCAAUUAUUUGUACAACCAGAAAUCAUGAUUAUGAAUACUCGCAUUCUUUGAAACUAAGCAAGAUUCCUAAUGAUUCUUAUAUACUAAUCCACACUUUGGGAGGCGAAAUUUUAUGUGUUCAUAGACGCUCUGGACAUGUAAAGUGGAAGUUUGAUUCUGCCUCUGCUCUUAGCGCGAGUUAUGACAAUGGGCCAUUACUGGUUGUAGAUCCAAUUAGCGGUUCUCUCUAUGAAUAUGCAAGUUCCGUCUCAGAAUUCUUAUUUCAACUGUUGGAUCAUUCCAUCAUGGGGCACGUCCGACGUUCUCCUGCAUACUACAAAAACUACUUAUCUCUCGGUUCUAAAUCGGACUUUUGGACCUCUGUGGAUAUGAAUUCAGGGAAAAUUUUCGAGUCAGUAUUUCAAAAUUACGUGGAUAAGUGCCCAACUUCAUUCAAUAAUGAGAAUGUUGACAAACUGCAAAAUUCUGCUGAAGAAGAGACUGAUAUAAUCAACCUUGGAAGAACUCAAUAUAACCUAGUACUUCGUGAUCGUUUUACUGGUUUGGUGAGGCUUAAUAUCACUUACAAUACGUUCGCCUCUCAUACAGAAGCAGAUUUACAAAAUUAUGAUUUACAGCACGUUGCUAUUACUCAACCGGCCUUAUUGACCUUUGAAGGGUCUAAGUUAAUAUGGAGUCUACCGUUAUCAUCUCCUGUAAUCGGCAUGUAUGCAUUAUGGUCACCGUCUGAUUCAUCAUCUAGUGUUCAUGCAACGAACGAAAACACCAAUAAUAAUAUUAAUAGCAAUAACAAAGAAUCCAUAAAAGAGACAACUAAAUUACCACGAAUCCUUAGACGUAUCGCAUUUACAACUUAUGCAUUAGAUUUACAUAAUAUGACAAAUCCUACAGAUGACCAAAUUUAUGAUGAAUUGGAAGCGAAAUUUAAUGGAACGUUAGAUUUAGCACCUUCAUUAUAUAUUGGACGUUCAAAAUCAACUCCAGUUUACGCUUUGAUGUGUCUAGCAGAGGCUACAUUACGAAUACGUGGUUUACGUAGAGCAUCUGAAAUGUAUAUGUUGGAAGGUCCGAAAAAUUUAAUUGUCAUGGGUAAUAAUCAACAAACUACUACCACUACUAAGACUACAAUUACUACUGAUACAAAUAAUAAUAAUAAUCACAAAGAUAAUUGGCCAACUGGUCUAAUCGGUUUAUAUGAAUUACCUACAAGUUAUAAAAAAACAUCAUCAUGGGAUGAUAAUCGGAUUGAUGACCAACCAAUGUCUACACUGAAACGUGGCAAACGAUUAAAGCGCUUAUCGUCCAUAUCAUCAUCGGAUUCGUCUACAAUGUGGGCUGUCAUUGUACCUCCACCUAGUCCACUAACACAUCCAACGGAAACUGUAAAUUCUUCGAAAAUUACAAUAUUACGAGAUUUACCUGUUAACAAGACUUACAUCAAUGGUAUUGACAAGUAUUCUGAUGAUAAACAUGCGAAGAUUACUCCUACUAAUAAAUUAUUUUGGUUACUGUCAAUUUUCUUCACUGUUUUGUGUAUACCUCCUGUGUUCGUAUACUUCAUCAACCAUUUUGUUAAAUCUAAUACAAUGAGCUGUUUAACAUUGAUUUCGAACUUUAAAACAAUAUGUAAGAAUUUUACUAUCGUGUACAAUGUCGUUUCAAAAUCGUACGCUACAAAUAUCGACAUGAAAAAUAGUCGUCUGUCGGCAAGUGCACUUAAAACAAAAACGGAUCUGUCACAAGAAACAAGUUCAAUAGUAGCAGGUCUUCUUCCAUCACACUUCGAUACACCAGAUUCUAGUGGUUGGGCAGGGUGUUCAGCACAAGAAGUUGGACAACCGGAACCAAUUCGUUUUAAUUUAAACAAAGUUUUAGGUCAUGGGGCAAACGGUACUAUGGUUUUUGCUGGAACUUAUGGACCACAUGAAACCGCUGUUAAACGUAUUGUAAGACAUCCUUUAUUAGAAAAACAUUGGCGUCGUGAACAUGCCAUAUUGUUAAAGCAUCAGCAUCCACAUUUAGUUCGUUGUUAUUGGACAGGUAGUACGGCAAACUUUCACUAUUUAGUAAUGCAAAGGUGUUCAUUGAGUUUAAAUGAAGCAUUAACAUCACUGAGUUCAUCAAAUGCAUUGCAAUCAGAUGACAUCAAUUCAACUGAUCCCAUUAAGGCAUCAUUACUCAAUGAUUUGGGUUUAACUCCAGUACAAAUUAUUCAUCAAUUUAUUUUAGCUGUUGCAUGUUUACAUCGUAAUCAGAUUGUUCAUCGAGAUUUGAAACCAAGUAAUAUACUUAUAAUUUUGGAUAAUAGUUCUAAUAAAGUUAAUAAUAAUAAUUCAACCGGGAAAGCACGUGUUGUAGUUGGAGAUUUCGGUUUAUCUCGUCCAUUACCUACAGAUCAACACGAACAACAACAUCAAGAUACAUUCAAUUCAAUUGGACCGCACAUUUCUGUGAAAAUUCAACAAAUUAAAAGUCGUUCACUCUCUUCAACAUCAUACCAAAAUGACAGUAGUGUUGAAUUUAACUCAUCUGAGAAUGAUAUACAAUCGGAUGUUACUAGUGUUACUAAUAAUAAUAGCAAUAAUGUUUUCGGUAUAAGUGUAAGAUAUGGUGACCAAGAAGAAUAUACUCCUGGUAUUGUUAAUAAUUCUAGAAACCCUAAUGUAAAUAACUAUCAUAAUGAUAAAAAUCAAGUAUCAGAUAAUAGUGUAUGCUUCACUUUUGGUACACUUGGUUGGAUGGCACCUGAACUGUGCGAUGCAGAGUCGGCCUCACAAGUGACUUGUGCAAUUGAUAUAUUCGCUUGUGGUCUAUUGGCUUAUUAUGUUUUAACUUAUGGUAAGCAUCCAUAUGAUUGCUGUAGUAAAGAGUUGAAUAAAUUUCAAAUUGACAAAAAUACCCAAUCAACAACUGUAUGUUCGUCAGUGUCAUCCUCGUCAUCUUUUACUACUUCUGGUGGUGGUGGUGGGGACAGCAGCUGUGACACCGUAAAUGAAGUUAAAUCAUUCAGAUGUACCACUUUAAGCCGUCAACAUGAACGACAGUUGGCAAUAGCUGAAGGUCGUCUACCUAAUUUAGACAUUUUGACCGAGAAUCCAAUCAAUGUUCAUGAAAGUUAUUUAGCUCGUUACCUUGUACAAACAAUGCUUUCAUCUAAUCCUAACGAUCGACCAACAGCUGAAGAGAUCACUUACUAUCCAUUGUUUUGGUCACCAAAUAAAGUCAUACGCUUCAUAUCGGAAUUAUCAAAUGUUAUGGAUAUUAAAGAUUUGUCAUUUGAUAUUCCAUCUCAAGGUUGCACUUCUACUAAUCAUUCAGUUGACGCCGCUGACGGAAACUGCACUCAAGACAAUAAUAAUAAUAAUGGAGGUAGUACACCUACUACUAAUUAUCAGUCAGUCAGAGAACAACGUUUCGAUAAUUAUCAUCAACAACAAAUGUUAAAUGAUCUUAUUCGUUAUAGAAAUUGGGUAUUUAAUGAACAUUGGUUUGCUAGACUAGAACCUGAACUGGUUGAUAAUUUAUUAAGUAAUAGAAGCUAUCAAGAUACUUCUCUUAUAUACCUUCUACGUGCUAUACGCAAUAAACAUAAUCAUUUCUGGUCAUUACCAGAACAUAUUCGUGCAAUUUAUGGUUAUAAUCAAGAAGGUAUGUCAAUUUAUUGGACAAUGCGCUUUCCUGCUCUUCUACCGCUUAUCUAUGGUUUAUGUAAUAAACACUUUACUGGUACUAUUAAUUUUUCGGAAUUUCUACCUCCAAAAUCAAUCUGUAAAAUAUAUGUCGGUGCUCCAAAAAAUUGUCCAUGGUGGCCUAUUUGGAAUACCUCUAGUAUUGAUAAUAAUGAAAUAGACGAAAUUUCAAUUCAAGAGAACAAUUCAACAAAAUCACAUGUUCAGUUUAAUCAAAAUGCAAAUAAAUCAAAAAAUUUAGUAAGUGGUUUCAAUAUGUAAUUAAUAUGCUAUGUGUUUAUAGUUGCUAAACAUUGAAUCCAAAUAAAUUAAGUUUUUUUAUUAAAUAUUGAAAGCGUGUACAUUGUUCAAUGUGCACAAUCCAGGAGAAGAAGUUACACUCAUCAAACUUUGAUACUAUAAAAAGAAAUCUAAUAAAAGCUGCCUUUAACAAUCCAUUAAUAACCAUGGUGAUUUUUUUUUAAAUAUUCAACUCGAAAAUAAAACCCACUGGUUUAAAUUACAACACUUAUCUGAUCAUUCAUUAUCUUCAAUGAGAUGACUUUGGGAGACUAAUCAUAGAAACAUUUGAAUUUUAAACUAACAAACUGUAAUCAUAGUUAAGAAUAAAAGUUUGAUGAAAAAUAAGGCUUAUACAGUAUCACUGAUCAUUGACUACUGAACUUGUUUGUUUACUCCUUCUGAACAUAAAUGACAACGUUUAACUGUAUUACUUGAGAUGUUCUUUGUAAAUCAAACUGAAAAUAUAUAUUCUUUAUUGAUUAUGUGUAUGUGAAUAGUAGAUGGAAACGUGGUGACAUUAUGCCCUCCUAUUCUUUGGAACUAAGUAAACCAUACACUAAACCAUCAGAUAUAAUGAAUAAAUCACUUAAAAUCUCAGUAAAACAUGAAUGUGAUCAAGAAUUAAAAUAUGAAACGAUAUAUCCUAAUGAAGUGGAUCCCAAUGAUGAUGUUUGGAAUAAUACUACUGUUCAUAGUAGUCAUAGACGUCGUCGACCUAACCAACCUAAAAAAAUUCGUCCUUCUAAAAAACAAUUCACUAUACAACGACGUCAAGAUUUAAUUUCAAUUGCUGGAACUGAAUUACCUUCCAUAUAUGAAAACAAAUAAUUAUUUGUGAUAUUAUAAAGCUUUUUUUUUCUUUUGUUAUACAAGUUUUCAUUCUUUGUAUUUUAAAUGGAAAUUUUAUUAAAUAACCAAUCGUUAUACUUAAUAUUCCUUUUAAUGAACUAAACAAUCUCUUCCUGUUGUUUUAUACAAAUUGCUUUUACCUUCCAAAUCAACGAUAAACUUUAUACCUCUGUGUGUGUGUGUGUAUGUGUGAUUAUAGUUUUCACUCAAAUAUGUGUGGUGUUUCUCUUCUUAUUUGUUUUGAUUAUUUGUACAUACUACUCUUAACUGAUAAAAAAAUGGUUGAAAUGUGCAGUUACUGUGACUCAUUUGUGAUUAAUAUCGAUAUUGUUAUUUUUUAUACAUUUUGUUUAUGUUUUUUUGGUAUUCACAGAUAUAUAUAAAUAAAUAAAUAUGCACCAUUUUUCUGUUGUAUUUGUGGUUUUUAUUGGAAAUUAAUUUUUGCUACUUCAGUG